AUGAUCAACACAAAAGCAAGCACUGUACUUUUGGAUUCAGCAUGUGUGCUGAACUGGGUCAGGCAGGGGGUACCAGGGCCUCUGUGGUGUUCCGAUGCCCCUCCAUCAAAGAGGAUCCUCACAGCUGGGCAAGAGACACCCACCGAUCAGACUCAAGAUGUCAUCCUUUACAAGGUUGGAAAGUUAACUGUGAAAAAGGUUACCUCACUUGACAGUGGAUCAUCUGUUCUGCACUUUAAGUACCAGCUAAAUGAUCAGUUAUCAUGGAGCAUGCAGACGUUGCUCUCUGGCCACAGCCUUUCUGUUGGUAUAGCAAAUGGAGAACUUCUCAAAGGCACAAGAGAAGGAUUCACCAGUGUUUUGGAGUUUGCUGAAGAAAAACUGAAGAUCAAUCAUGUCUUUGUGUGGUUCACGAAGAGCAGGCCAGAUGCAUCUCUCCUUACAAGAACAUUUUUCUGCCUGGGAUUUGAGCUUGUGAAACCAGAUGAUUUAAUAGCAUCUACGGCAGGAGAUUUGCGUCUCAUGGUCUACACAAUACAACAAAUUCACUCAUCAGAAGAAUGACUGCAAGGCGUAACAGACACAUUUUAAUAGACUGUUGUGUAGUGCACCACUGUUCUCAGCAUCUUAUUUAUUAAUUAAUUCAAACAGCAGCAAAAUAUUUGGUUUGUUGUUUAUGUGGUAAAUUACUCAAAUGUCAGAUAACAUCCCUGUGAUAUGUGAUAGGUGAAAGCAUUCCAAGAUACACACUCAAAAUAACUUUCAUAAUGUUCUCGUAUGUACAAUGAAUAUGUAAAGGGAAAACCUUUAGCAAGUCCUACAUGUUGUUUCAUUGCUGAAAAUGAUUCAGUAAAAUCAUAAAUAAACCAAAUUCAACUGCA